AUGGCUGAAGAAAUGGUGCAUCCAUUCUCGCUCUGGUGUGCUCCUGUUCCGAUCAAACAUGCAAUCGAACAGGAUGCUCUGGCUCCAUUCCCAAAGCCAGAGGCUCCGGCCGUGGAUGAAAAGGCAGAAGGCUGCAAUCAAGACCGCCUCAUGUCAUCCCUACCGACGAAGGUCUAUGGCAAGCGUCGGUUCCUCAAGUACCAGGCUACGUGGUGGCCUGAGGUUUUCCUCCCAGGGGUGCUCGCCAUCCAACGCCGCUUCCAGCCGCGGUCAUCCGAUGUGCUGCUGGCAUCGUACCCCAAGUCAGGAACCACAUGGAUGAAAGCACUUGCGUUCGCGAUCAUGUCGAGGAAGGUGUAUCCUCUGGAGGAGCACCCGUUGCUGCGCCUCAACCCCCACGACUGUGUUGUGCACUUGCCUGGCGCUUACGCCGCAGGCAAGGAGUCGGUGGUGGAGGCGCUACCUUCACCGCGCAUAAUGGCGCUCCACAUGCCCUACUCUACCCUGCCAGACUCUGUCGUCGUCAACUCUGACUGCAAGAUCAUCUACGUGUGCCGCGAUCCCAAGGACGUGCUCGUGUCUCUCUGGCACUACUACAACAAGGUACGCCCCGAUGAAGCUCAUCUGUCCCAGUUCCAUGAUCUCUACGAGUCUUUCUGCCAGGGGGACACCAUAUUUGGUCCUUGGUGGGACAAUGUUCUUGGCUACUUCAGGGCCAGUUUGGACAUGCCUACUAGAGUCCUCUUCCUGAGGUACGAGGACAUGCUGGAGGAUACUGCCAGUGCUGUCAUGGCCAUAGCCCACUUCGUGGGAUGCCCAUUCUCAGGAGAAGAAGAGAGAGCCAAGGUUGUCGAAGCGAUUGUCAAGCUUUGCAGCUUCGACGAGCUCAAGAAUCUAAACACCAACAAGUCCGGGAGCCAUGGCCUACUCCGCAAGCACGCAAGCUCCUCCUAUUUCAGGAAAGGAGUAGCUGGCGACUGGAUGGACCACAUGACCGAGGAAAUGGCUCACCGCAUUGAUACAAUUGUUCAAGGCAAGUUCCAAGGAUCAGGCCUCAACAUUAAAUCAGCUGCCUCUACCUGAUCGAUCAUUUUAUGCCAUCGAGUGUUAAACUGCAAGUUGAUCUCUUAACAUUAUAUAUAAUGACUAUCGAGUACACUUGAUGCUCUCGCGCGCGCCAGUACGUAUGUAGUACUGAUAAAUAAAUCGUCGGGUUAUGUCUGAUCAAGUGGCCUGGCCGGUGGCGGGCACAGCUAGCUAAGCCCUGUGGUACGUUAAGCUGUUAUUAUGAUGUUAUCGUUUCCUAUUAAUAUAUGCAUGUAUUCUAUAUCUCGUUAUAGGUAUUUAUAUAUGUAGUGCGCAUCUACCAGUGUGUGUUAACAUGCAGCAGUCUAAUGUAACAGCAUGGAUCAAUUAUUCGGUUCAUUUUAUUUAGUUGG